UUUAUAAGGCCUGGGAAGGGGAUUUCACGGCAGGGAGGGGCUCUACACGUGUUCCUGUGCAGCUGAAGCUGUAGCCAUGGAGAAACCUGAGGAAUCCCGUCCUGUGGAGGAACUGUGGAAGUGUGGCGACUGUGGGAAAGGCUUCCGUUUUCUGUCUGCCCUGGAGACUCAUCGGCGCAGUCACACCGGGGAGAGGCCAUUCCCCUGCACCGACUGCGGGAAGGCCUUCAGACAUUCCUCCCACCUGCUAGCCCACCAGCGGGGCCACACGGGGGAAAGGCCCUUCAGCUGCCCAGAGUGCGGGAAGGCCUUCAGCACUUCCUCCACCCUGCUGAGCCACCAGCAUGCCAACACGGGAGAGAGGCUGUUCACCUGCCCUGAGUGUGGGAAGGCCUUUAGGUAUUCCUCCACGCUGCGGACCCACCGGCGUUUCCACACAGGGGAAAGGCUGUUCAGCUGCCCCGAGUGUGGGAAGGCCUUCAGGUAUUCCAUCGCCCUGCGGAGCCAUCGGCGCGUCCACACGGGGGAAAGUCCCUUCAGCUGCCCCGAGUGUGGGAAGGCCUUUACCCGCGUCUCUGCCUUGCGGAGCCACCAGCGGAUCCACACCGGGGAGAGACCCUUUACCUGCCCCGAGUGCGGGAAGGCCUUUACCGACAUCUCCUCCCUGAUGAAGCAUCAGCGGAUCCACACCGGGGAGAGACCGUACACCUGCUCUCAGUGCGGGCAGGGCUUCACCCGCUCCUCCCAACUGCGGAGCCACCAGCGAGUU